UUUAACGAUAAUAACAACCACACAAACCGAAACAAGAAAAGCCACCCAUGGCCAGUCUAACAUUUAUCUCCAGCUACCUUUCUUCCUCUUCUUCUUCUUCUACGUCUUGUUCUUCCACUCUGCACCUCACUCAGGCAUACAAACCAUUCUCGUCCCCAUCAACCUUAUCCUUUAUCCAUGGGAAUAAGAAAAGCAGCAGAGGCUUAUCAGUGGUAACAAAGGCGGGAGGUCCCAGCAGCACCAGCUACAUUUUUGCCUUUAUUUUCCCAAUUUCUCUUGUUGCUGUCACCAUCUUCACUGCUAUGAGAAUUACUGAUGAGCUUGACCAGAAAUUCCUUGAAGAGCUUGCUGUUAAUCAGGAAAUAUUGGAGGCAGGAGAGGAGGAUGGCGACCGCAUUUCCUCUGAGGAAAAACCAGCAGUUCCACGUAAACGUAACAGGCCAAAAAGAGAAGUUGAAGCAUCUUCCAAGUAGCGUUCUUUUGAACUUGUAGAGGAAUACUGAUGUGAGAAACAAAUUCAAGGAAAAAGAUCUGCCGAAUUUACUAGAUGGUCAUACUCGUACAGGAAACAGAAACUAUUGCAGAGAUUUACAUCUGUGACUUCUGAAAGCUACUUCUGGAGGUGUAGCAAAGCUUGAGCUCCUACACAUAUUCCUUCUAAAAUAUGCCACCAGUUUAUAAGAAGAUUUUAAGUUGAUCUAUUUCUUUUAGAAUAUGUUAGCAUUAUGUAAUAAGAUUGUUAGUUAACAUUCAGAUUCUGUUAUCGUUAUGAGCAGCCAGCAUUUUUUACAUUCUA